GAUUCGUGCUACAGCCCACGACUAAAUAGCCUAAUGUAUACUGCUUGCAGUGAAUUGGGAUUUGACUGUGUGACUUGUGAGAAUUCCAUCAUUUUGCUAGGAGUGAUGACUGAUGAGCCACGUGAGUAUUAAUAUCAUGGCUUCCAAACAUCGUGAGUGGGACCCAGCUUGCAAAGUAUAUAUUGGAAAUUUGAAGAGUAACACUAGUAAAUAUGAAUUAGAAGAUAUUUUCACCAAGUAUGGACCAUUAAAAAAUGUAUGGAUUGCUAGAAAUCCACCUGGCUUUGCAUUUGUAGAAUAUGAGGAUCCCCGCGAUGCAGAAGAUGCUGUUCGUGGCUUGGAUGGAACGAAAUGUGGCGGUUCGAGAAUAGUAGUUCAAAUGUCUACUGGGAAACGACGUCCUAAGGAUAGAUCCCCUGAAUACAGAAGACGAUCACCACCUCCACGUCGUUUAAAUCGAAUGGAUUCGCGUUCACGUUCAACAAGUCGUUCUCCUUAUAGGAGCAGAAGAUCACGCUCUCGAUCACUUUCAAAUGAAAGAUAUUAAACAUAUGAAUGACCACCAGAAAUAUAAAACAGUACACGUGAAAUAAAAGUCUUAAUGUUAUGGCCCAAUUUACAUUGUAUAUUUGUGAUAAUUGUAUUUUGUAUUAUAAUUCAGAUAUUUUUUUUGCUUAUAUAAUUUAUAACACUUACUGUGAAAAACACUUUCCUGGUAUAAAGUUCUUAAUUAUAAUUUUAAUCGUAGAAUAAUUUGUUCUGAUAUAAUUAAUAUUGUAAUUGUACUCCACUAUGUAAUUGUGCUAUUGUUUAUUAAUAAUUAUUUAUUAUAACAUUUAUAUUUUAAUAAUUAAUAUAAACUAACGACAAAAUACAAUAUUUUAAUGCCUACCAUCAUAAUAACGAACAAAAUUAUCUAA